CAUGACGUACAGACCAAAGUAAAUUACACUUAAUAAAAUCUUUAACUUGUGACCUUAUGAGACAUUUACGUGGACCAGACGGGGGUGAAUAGAUCGUGGAUAAUCUCAUCUAGAGUGUUAAACUCAUACCCAAAAUCCAAUUUGGAAAUACACAAUACGCGACCGACCAAUACGUCUAUCACUCAAGUUGCUAAGAACCUGGAGUUGUGAAACCAGAAAAAUGGCCUUCAAUACAUAAUAGCCAAACGCGAUGUAGAUCAAGAUAAAACACAGUACAAAUCGGGAGUUCUCUGGAUUUCUAAACGACAGCCGAAACACACAUUUUAAAAGCAGGAAGGCUUACGAGAUCUAAAAGUUAGAGUUAUCCAGCUGUUAACAUUACGUUAACUUAAUAGAUUUUAUCCUAUUUAUCAACAAAGAUUGGUCAUAUACUAACAUUUGGAAAGAGGUUUACUCAGUUGUAAAAGGGGUCAAUGGAUUGGACACAAAAGCAGUGUUUGUCGCUGUAAAGUUAAAUAAACAACUCGCGAACAGUUCAUUGAAUCAAAUUAUGAUAACAUAUAAGAUUUAAUCAAGUGAAUUUGCUUAGUAAUUUGACAAAGUCGUUAAAGUGGAUUUGUCUCAAAACAGUCAUAACAUACCGACUCAUGUCAAGGACAGGAUCAUAAAGAAUGAUAACUAUAAAACAAUGAAGAAAGAAGCCUAUUCUUGUAUUGACAAACAAAAAUGUUUUAAGUGAUUUGGAUAUAACAUGUUACCUAGGAAAGCAUUACCCGCGAUAGUCGACAAUUGAAAAAAAUGGCUAGUGAUAUAGGUAAACAUUGAGCACGUAUACUCCAUUGAAACCGAUGACACUACGGGGCCAAAACAAACUACCAACAACAAUCGUCACAUAGUGAACCCUUAGUUGUGAUGAUCGUCGAAAUAACAUCAUGACAAACACAGUUUUUGAUAAGUUAUUUGAGGAUGAGUUUUCCUUCCUGAAAGGAAGCAAGAAGAAGGUCGGAAAUUACCUACUUGGAAAGCUACUGGGAGAAGGAUCGUUCGCAAAGGUUCGACUCGGCGUACAUGUUCUCACCCGAGAAAAGGUUGCGAUUAAAAUCAUCAACAAAAAACUGGUGACAAAGCGAGACUACGUGAAGAAAUAUUUCAGAAGGGAGGCGACGAUCCUACAGCGGCUUGACCACCCGAACAUCGUACGACUCUACGAGGUACUCGAGACAGACAAUUCAUAUUAUAUGGUCACGGAAUACGUGGAGGGCGAAAGCUUACAUGAUUUCAUGAAUAACAGGAAGCAUCUCAGAGAAGAUGAAACCAGACUGUUUAUGCGACAGGUCAUAUCAGCGGUUGACCACAUGCACAGAACGGGAGUCGUACACAGAGAUAUAAAACUGGACAACUUCCUGAUUGAUAAAAAACAUCACCUUAGAAUCAUAGAUUUCGGCUUGAGUAAUCUGUGUACAGAGGGUAGCCUACUGGAGACCCAAUGCGGAUCGCCGGCCUAUGCUGCUCCUGAAAUAUUCAGUCGUGAGCCAUACGGAUCCUCUGUCGAUAUCUGGAGUAUUGGUGUGAAUCUGUACGUUAUGUUGACCGGUGGAAUGCCAUUUGACACUCAUAAUAUGACGAAUCUCACCCAGCUGCAUUUCCAGAUACUAAAGGGAUGCAAAAUACCUGACCGAAUAUCCAAAGAUGGACAAGAUCUGCUAAGAAGGUUACUGUGCGUGGAUGCAAAGAACAGAAUAACAAUGCUAGAGCUAUUAGGGCACCCGUGGGUGAACAAGGGACUAGGGAGUUUAUUGCAACAUUCAGAUUUGAAAUCUUCCACUACCCCCAGUGAUGUUGAUUACGACAUUUUAAGGCAUAUGUCCAAGGAAUAUGGCAUUUCAGAGAAUGACUCUAGAGAUGCUCUCGUUCAGGGGAAAAUCAAUGCAUCAUCGGCUAUCUAUAGAUUACUUAUGGACCGGAAACAAAGGGGAGAAGGACUCCCGAAGCGUGAUGAUAUGAAACCAGGAGAUAUAAAAACAAGGAAACUCGGGGCUAUCGUUGAUGAUCUACCGGCCACAAGUAAACAGAGGCAAAAAACUGAAAUGAGCUCAGUUAAGUCUAAAGAGGGUGAACGACUUGGCGGAUAUAUCAUAUCAAAUGAAAGGUGCAAUGAUCCUGAAGCCGACAAUGAACCGCAAACAAACAGCACAAAAUCGACAACUUCGAAAGCAGUUCCAAAAGCAACAAAAAAGAAACGGAAUAUGCGCCCAAUGGAGAUCCCAUCCGUAACUGUUAAAACGAAUGAAAGCGUGCAACCAAACACGGAAACAACUCUAGACUCAAAUAAUAAACCAACCACAAAAUCAGAUAAAACACUCACCAAAUCUGCAAUUAAGGGUCUUGGGAAAAACAAGAGAAUUCAAAAUUUGACUAUAAUCGACCCCAAUGACACUGCAAAAGAAAUUCAAACACAAACUCCAAAAAAGAAAGAUGCAAUUGACAAUAAAACGGAUACACCUGUAGACUACAGGAUUUUGAAUCCAUAUACUCCAGAAGUCUUUGCAGAUGAUAAAAUUAAAUAUUCGGACAUGUGCACAGUUCUAGAUGAAUCUAUUGAAAGCGAGCGUAACGUCAGUCUAAGCCCAUUCAAACCCAAUAAAAUCACACGAGCUCCCCCUGUUCCGCCAAACUCUCGACAAACAGACGCAAUAUGCCCAUCACCGAUGAAAUCAUUAAAAACUGUGGACCUUGAUGGCGAGCAUGAAACAAUAACGGAGGAAAAUGAAAAUAGAGAACCUGAACAAGACAUUCCCGACAGAGGACCGGAAUUUCCCGAGAUAUGCCGAUCAAGAACGAUGCCCACCUUGCGGGGUCAGAAAAAAACCCAUCGGAAUGCGCCACUCUACCGAGCUUUCAGGAGUGUGGAGGAUGACACGACGAAUGUCAAUACAUUUUACGAUCACUAUAAGUUCAAAGCCAGGACGAGCUUAAUGACAAGAGAAAAGGGGCACACCCUUGAGUCGUUAACCAUAUCAAAGCCAGAAAGCCCACAAAAAGGUAUUCGGCGACCAGGCCCAUCUGAUAAAGAAAACACGUUUCAUAGAGAAAAAACGAUCGUUCCAAACGGUGUAUCAUACACUGUUCCGGAUCAACACGACCUUCACACACACGCCUUGGAAAUUAGAAACCAAAUGCAAUCGCCUGAAGUUCUCAAACAGAAGAUCGUUAAGAGUAUCCUUCUUAAGUAUUACAACCCAUCGUCUUUAAGACCCCAUACACGGUCCAAAUCUGAUUCGUAUAUCAAACUACCGAGAGUGGAAACAAUGAGUGAUCCCGGAACAACUGAAGUUGCUGAAGGAUUUAUUGACCUUCGAGAUAAUUGCUGAUAGGUCGAAAUUCAACGAAUUUUGAUCGGAAAGGAACAUAAUUUAUUAUACAUAACCAAUAAGCUCAUGGCAUGGACUAUAAUGAACGAGUGCCAAAACAAAAGUCUGACUUAUUUUAUAAUGUUU